CUGUCUUACGAAAAUCAUUCGUAAUAAAAACAGAAAUUUGUAUUAAUGCAAUCUCGAGAGCUGUAGAAAUUUAGUAGUAAUUUAUUAGGAAAACAUUUAACAUGAAUACUGAACAAGAUUCGACUAAAUUGGACGAAGUCCAGGAUACGCCUUGUCCAAGGAUUGAUUAUACUAAAAAAAGCGACGGACCGCCUCCUCUUUAUUUUCCUCAACCAGGAGAUGAGCUUCCGGCGCAACCAGAAGAACGAAUGGAAGCGAUUGGUCCAUGGGCAACCGGUCGUGUAAAUUUUACACCUCAAGAUGGUUUAACGGGAGUUAGACCAGUUGUCGAUCGAUAUUCCGUAACUAGCUUUGGUGCACCUCAAUGGAGAGCUCAUAAUCAGAAAUUUUUUAAACAGUCGGAUGAGAAGAUUCGAGAAGCACAACUUGCUAUAAAUAAUGCACAACGAUGUGUGGAAAGAUCGUAUAAAGAAGCAGAUAAGAUACAGUUGGAAUCGACAGAUAAUUUAAAAAAUCGUGCAAACGAAGUAUAUCGUUGGAAAACUGAAUUAGAACAUUUAAUACUUGAAAUCACGAAAGAGAUAGAAUUAUUGGAAGCUGAACAUCGACGAGUAAAGCAUUCUUUGUCACUCCUUACAGUUCCAGAAUCUAUCGCUGGCGAAUUCCUACAAUUACGAUCAAAACGACUAGAGUCUGACCUUAUUAGAGAUGAAGUUGAGGAAGAGCUUAGCAAAGAGGUAGCGCUCUGCUCAGAAAUACGCGAUUUACUUUGUAGAACUCGGGAACAUAUAGAAAUGCAAUUAAUCGAAUUAAAGGCUGCAAAAGUAAGAAUGGAAAUGGAUUGGACUGAUAAAACUGAUGCUUAUGACAUUGAUUCCCACAAUAUACAACUGAAAAAUGAUUCCCCCAUUAUCUUGUGGAAACUUGGAGCUACAAGAUUUCCAGCAGGACAGUCGACACCUUCGAGUUAUGAACAUUACACACGAGAAAGUUUGACUGAUGCAGAAGCAGCCAAGCAGAGAUCUGUAAAUUUAAGACUUACUUUAGAUUCUACAUAUAAGAAUUCCAUUAAAAAUCUCCGAGAUCAAGCGACUCGCGUAGAUCUGGUUUUAAGUCAAAAGAUUAAACUUACUGAGGAUGUUCGUUUACAAUUAGAAAAAGAACUACUUCGCUGUUUACACGAACUUGCAAAUACUGAAAAAUCUAUAGAAGAGCUUCGUCAUUCAACAAGAGGAUUGGAUUGCGUGAUGAAAGUAGCGCAAACAAGAUUAGCGAAUAGGUUACAACGACGUAAUGUAGAAAGUUGCCGUGAUACUUCCCAAUUUGCUUUGGUGGAAGAAGUGAAAUUACUUGGUGAACGCACAUCAGCUGUGUUAGCGGAAUUAAAACGAGCCGAAGAUACGCAGGCAGGUUUGGUAAAAGCGAGAAGUGAUCUCGAACGAGAAAUAAUCGUAAAACGUAAAACAUUGUACAUAGAUAAACAACGUGGGCAAUUGUUACGAUCAUUUUAUCCUUCAACUAUUUAAUGAUAAACUUUAUGUUUUGAAGUUAUUAACAGGCUUAAUAGGAACACAGCAAACACGAGUAAUUUUAUAAAUAUAUUUUGGAAGUACACGAUUAGU